AUUUGUUCUAUCGACCUAAAGAUUUAAUCUGUCUCGUUCAUUGUUCCAGCUUAGUGAAACGCUAAUUGAAAACAUAAAAUAACAAUUUGUGUAUCAGGAUGGCGUUUGCCAAUAUAACGAGGCGCUCUCUGGUGCCCGGGCUAUCACACUUGAAGUUGCGGCCGCAAUUUCUAGCUGGAACAAGCGCAAUAAAUAAGCAUGAUACGCGCCGCGGAGCUGCAAAAUGGUAUCCCGAUCCGGAAUUCAUGAAGCAGUUUAGCGGCCCGGUGAUGUACCCAGACGAGGUUACAUCGCUCUGGAAGGUGCCCCCAUGGAACAGCAAGGUCACACCUGUCGAGAAAUCUGUGCGCAACCUGACCCUGAACUUCGGCCCGCAACAUCCCGCUGCUCACGGAGUCCUGCGUCUGGUGCUCGAGUUGGAUGGAGAGACUGUGAUGCGUGCCGAUCCACACAUUGGACUGCUCCAUCGCGGAACCGAAAAACUCAUCGAGUACAAAACGUACACGCAGGCUUUGCCCUACUUCGACCGGCUGGAUUACGUCUCCAUGAUGUGCAAUGAGCAGUGUUACUCGCUAGCUGUGGAGAAGCUCCUCAACAUCGAGGUGCCGCUCCGAGCCAAAUAUAUUCGAACUUUGUUUGCCGAGAUUACCCGGAUUCUAAACCACAUAAUGGCUGUUGGUACACACGCUCUGGACGUUGGUGCCUUAACGCCUUUCUUUUGGCUGUUCGAGGAGCGCGAGAAAAUGAUGGAGUUCUAUGAGCGAGUUUCUGGUGCCCGAAUGCAUGCUGCCUAUAUCCGCCCUGGUGGCGUGUCAUUGGACAUGCCUCUUGGCCUGAUGGACGAUAUAUAUGAGUUUGCAUCGAAAUUUGCCGAGCGCUUAGACGAAGUGGAGGAUGUGUUGACCACGAAUCGAAUCUGGGUGCAGCGAACCGAAGACAUUGGUAUUGUGACGGCAGAAGAGGCCCUGAACUAUGGGUUUAGCGGGGUCAUGUUGCGUGGCUCCGGCAUAAAGUGGGACCUCCGUAAGCAGCAGCCGUACGAUGCCUACCACCUGGUUGACUUUGAUGUUCCCAUCGGCACCAAGGGAGACUGCUAUGACCGAUAUCUUUGUCGCGUCGAGGAAAUGCGCCAGUCCCUGCGAAUAAUUGAUCAGUGCCUAAACCAAAUGCCUGCUGGGGAAAUCAAAACUGACGAUGCCAAGGUCGCGCCACCGACGCGCUCCGAAAUGAAGACUUCAAUGGAGGCUCUAAUUCACCAUUUCAAGUUAUUUACCCAAGGCUAUCAGGUUCCACCGGGGGCAACGUACACGGCAAUAGAAGCUCCAAAAGGGGAGUUUGGGGUUUACCUUGUAUCAGAUGGAUCAAGCCGUCCAUACCGCUGUAAAAUUAAAGCUCCUGGAUUCGCCCACUUGGCAGCUUUGGAAAAAAUCGGAAAGCAGCACAUGCUGGCCGACGUCGUUGCCAUUAUUGGUACAUUGGAUGUAGUGUUUGGGGAGAUAGAUCGAUAAAUUGUUUUCCGAGUAGUAUUGCCGAUCUGUGUAUGAAAAUACUUACGAACAGUAAAAAUGAAUACGCUCAAAAAGUCA